AUGUCGAACUAUGGCCAAUACUACGAUUCGAGGAACCAAGGCACCAACAUGCAGAACUCCCUCCAUGCCAAUCAGCCCUCAAACACCAAUAAUAACCGUAUGAACCAAGCAUCAUAUUCCGGUGAUGCGAGAAAAACAACUCAAUCUCAUUAUGGGUCAUCCGCAUACGACUGGAGUACACGGGACGCUCAACCUUCACCCACCUACCCCACCUCCUCGCGACAAUCGCAAUAUCAAACCGAAACGCGGAGGGAAAGCAGUGGCACUCACAACGGGUCUCAUGGGCCGCGAAUGUUUUUAAGCCAAUACGCGACGCAGGCGGCUGCAGGGAUGGGGGCGACAGGCCAGUACAACCCAACAACACCCAAUACCCAGAGAUUGAAUCACCUGGCUUAUGCAUCAGGCCUCGACAGUGCAGACGCACAAGGUACCGUCCAGCACGGACGUCGACAAAGCCUCACUGAUAGUGCUCAAUACUUGAACCAACCCGUCAUACAUGCCUCACAGCGCGUACAGUCGCCCGUCAAUCAACAUCGAAACCAAUUUGGGACUGGUCAGUCUAUGAAUUAUCCCUACCAUAGUGAAGCUGCGUCAGUCGCCUCUACUCAGGCUCCGGUAACAGCAGCAAUGGCGCUUGCUGGUGCUGUCAGCCGUCGUUACCAUCCGUCAUCAGGCUCGACCGGGCAGUCCUUGGCUUCUCCCUCGAUAGACAGCUCUAGAUCUAUGGUCCCCACUCCACAGAGAACAAAAUCGCCAUACAACCACAUUCCAGCUCCUGUGACCAACUCUCGCCAGUCAAUCAAUCUCCCUCAGACGAAGUAUCCAAGCUCCAAUUACAAUAGCAUGGAGUCAGCCACACACCAGCCGGAGAGCAGGAAUCAGAUUCAAAACGAACGCCGAAAGACAAACAUUCCUACGGCCAACCAAUCUAGCCUUCCUGUCAACAGCAUUUCCAACCUAGUGACACGUACAGACGCCGACGAGGACAGUUCCGCGACCUCGUAUGCUACAGCUACUGACGCGCAAGGUGAAAUGUCUGCCUUUAUUGACCCCACGCAAGUAUUCAACCCUUUCCAUAAGGAGCACGAACAGCGCAAGAGAGAGAUAGCCCGAGCUGAAGCCUUAGCUGCGGCUCAAGCUGCUGCUAAGAAGGCUGAAGAUGAAGCACGAGCUUCAGCACAUAAGAAGGCUGAGGAAGAGGCUCACGCUACUGCAAAGAGAAAGGCAGAAGCCGAAGCCGAGUCGGCAAGAAAGGCGAAAGCAGAGCAAAUAGCCUUAGCUCAAUCGCGGGCAGAGGAGACAACAAGAGCGCCGAAGAAAGCGGCCAAAGUUCGCCCGUCAAAUGCGCAGGUUCAAGUCGCGAGCCCAGUGGUGCCUCAAGCUUCGCUUUCCAGCGAGGAAGAGAUGGCCAGUGAGAUGAAGGUGAUGAUGGAGAAGAUGAAAGAGUUUCGAUCUAAAGAUCCGUCUAUGUUCCAGAAACUCUGGGAUGACAUGCGUGGUGUUCGGAGCCCUGCAAUUCCGGCAGCUACUCCUAUGCAACCGUCGCCGCCCCAAGGGAAUCAACUGUCACCUCUCCCGCCUCAACCUCGGCCAAUGCCUCAGUCCGUCAUUUCCCAGACCUCUACAGAAGCAUUUCAAUCGCCUAGCAAUACAUCCACACCACGAAAUAGAGCGCCGAAAAGUGCUGGUGGUGUCCAUGCGAAUGGAUUCAAGGUGGUCGUGGAAAACAACCCUGAGGGCUUACCCGAUCUUGGUCGGUUUCCAGCUGAGAGACGCAUUCGUGGUUCGUACACGAAAAAGAAUGGCCAAGAUACACCCCCAAAACAAGUAGGCGCUACGAAUCGAGUUGUUCUGGCUGGUAGUGGUUCUGCACCAGUGGAUGCACCUCUUCCCACAGUCAAUAUGGAUGCUUCUGAUCCGUCCUUGGUACCAGCACAAGCACUUGCCCUUGUACCCACCACCACAGCUACCGAAACAGCCCAGCCUGUUCAACCUGUUGUAUUGUCAAGAGGUCUGCCUCCCAAGGCCCCUGGUGGAGGUACUAUCUGGCCCGAAGAUAAGCGGAAUGCAUUAGCAGUGGCCGCAGUCAGUUGUCUCAAGGACUUCGCCAAUAAAGGAUAUCCUGGGAAUGCGGAUAUAGAAAUCACGCCACAAGACAUUCAUGCGAUCUUGGAAGGGAACCCAAGUUACGUUGACUUGUGUGAGAUCCUGGAGAAGAAAGGGUUCAGAUUUCAUCGAGGACAGUUUGCAAGCCAGCUUCUGGCCAACGUUCCUUUUCUCAACGGUGCCCCAGCACCUGCAAAGCAGCAAAGUCAAACCCCAGUCGCCCAACCACCAAAGCAAAUGGCGCCUGUGGCAGAGUAUCCACCGGUCCCAGCAUCUAACACAACUGCACCUCACCCUACGGCCAAAGACCAGUCAGCUUCAGCGCCCCGACAGAUUACCGAUUUGACGCAACCAGGGCUAGAAUUCAUACCUACCCCGCCACCUCAUCAAGCCAACGCACUGAAAGAAGGGCAACUGAUGAUCAAGCCUGAGAGGCCGCCUUUAUAUAUCCAGCCAUAUGUACCAAAGUCAAAACCACCGAAGGGACAGAAAUCGUUACUUACACGCCCUGAACCGCCAAUGGGCUCGAAAGAAGCAAUGGCUCGGAAGCGUGACUUUUCGGAAUUGAUUGACUUGACCGUGCUUAGCGAUAACGAAGACUAUGUGCUAUCUAAGAAGCAUGCGCGCAUGGAAAACUCCCCACCAGGUCCGGACGCUUUCCAGGACUAUCAGACACAAAUGAUACCUGGACCGCCAAUGCCACCUCACAAAGCGUUUCCCUCAGGGCCUCGUGAUGCGGCUGAGCCAUUCAGGUUUCACCCUGGUCCGCAGCCUGGCCCUUAUCCCGGACCACAUCCCGGACCACUUCCCCCAGGUCAGAAUGGAUUUGUCUCUGUUCACCAGAUCCACUCAACUGUGGUGCCUGCAAGGCCCUUGGUACUUGCGAAGCCUAUCGAUCGUGCCGAAGGGUUGACCAAGACUUACUACGACCCAAAGACAGUGGCGCGCGAUAUCCUGAUUGCUUCUGGUCGACAUCCCACAGAGAGACCUCUGAACGGUCACAUGGCUGGUCUUCUGGGGAAGCAUAUUGACAUUGAUUCGGAUCUGGCAACAUUUGACUGGGAUGCAAUAGACCCUGGUGGACCUCCAAUGCCGCAAGUUGCGUAUGUUGAGUUUGGAGCAAUACCACCUCAAAAUAAACCUGGACAACAAACCGGCCGUGAGGCUCAACUUGGAGCUCAAAGCGUUGUUAGAGGAGGCCACGGAAGAGGGACGGCAGGCCAUUCAACUUCGUCGAGUUCAGACAAGCAUGCAAUCAGUGCCAAGACCCAGCCGCCCAAUCACACUUCUGUCACCUACAGGACUGCGCCGCCCAUGAUUGCCCCUCAACAUGCACCCUCUUCAGCCUCUGCCAUGUCGAAUCCUCUCCGGGACGCGUCUGUUUCUCUGGUCAAGAGAUUGGCUGCCCUACGUCAAUCUCAAACCUCAGAGCCAGCGUCAGACAGUCAAAAGAAACCUGGCCAUCCUUCCCGAAAGCCUUCGGCCUCGCGCCCUAAAUCCUCCCCACACAUUUCAUCCGACCAGCCUGGCCCUGUCACCGGUGUCAUUAUGGCUAGCAACGAUGCACCUACUGUCCCUCGUGGGCGAGGACGUCCACCAAAAAGCGCCACCUUUGAUGCACCAAAGCUUGGUACUGCUGAUGCGCCAAAAUUCAGCAGUACUGGUAAGAGGAUUGGACGUCCACCAGGUGCGAAAAACAAGACCAUGUCAAUCCGCGCGAUGCAACAAAAUGCGCGUCAAGUCACCUCUGUCACUAUUCCUUCACCUUCACCUUCGACCCCUCACCUACCUCUUUUCAAAUGUCGCUGGAAGUGUUGCCGUGCUCAACUUCACAACGCUUCAACCCUCCUUCAACACAUCAGAAAGUUGCACGGCCAAGUGGAAGACAAUAUUGGCGAGUACGCUUGCUGGUGGAGAAAGUGUCAGUACCUGAAAGCAGACUCAGAUGGCAUGUGGCAGCCUGUGAAAACUUUCCUACAUCUCGAAGACUGGGUUGAGCACGUUGCGCUGAAUCACAUUCACAUAAUCGUCCUGAAGCAAGGAGACGGUCCCUCAACCAAACACAUCGGUAAGCGCAAGAAGCCGUCUUUUGACGUGUCGCAUUUUCGUUUUGUGCCCCCGUUUGCUACAAAGACUAGAACAUUUUGUUACUUAGAUCCUCAGACAAUCCUUAUGGAUAAAGCCCGAUACCUUGCCGACGAAAACGGACAUAAUACCACUCCUAUGAUAUCUACCCAAACCAACGAAGACCUUGCAUCUGAUACCAUGGCACUCCUUCCAGCCUCCCAUGAUACUGAAGACGAAGCUGCUCAGCGCAGUUUCCUUAAGACACACCGUGAUGAUAAACGUGCUGGUCCUAAAGCUACUGCCGAGGAAACCCUACGUUCUUUGACGGAGCUCAAGACAAACUUCGGACCCGGAAUGGCAAACGAAGGCUGCGUGUUGGCACGAGAGUCGGUCAAGACUAGGUUGCAACAAAACCCAGCCAUCGCUAGGGUUGUUGAGAUCGACGAUUGA